CCGGGAGCGGGCGGGCGAGCUGCGGGCGCGCGCGGAGGCCGAAACUUUCUCCCGCCGCCGGGUCCGCCGAGCCGGAGCCGCGAGCCCGCAGCCCUGCGGAGACGGCCGGGACCCCACUGCAGCCCCCCGACCCCCCCCCAAAAAAAAACCAUGCCCAAGCCAGCCGGAGGCGCAGGGGGCAGGGUGGGUGCUGCUGCUCGGGACCCAGCCUGGAGAAAGGGAUGCUGCGCCCGUCCUUACGGCUUUGUCUCCGUCUCCUGCACCCUGGCUUCAUCUGCUUCCAGCCCCGAAUCUGAUCUUGCUGGACACGAAGUGUUGGGUGACACUGAUGUCUGAGAUGAGCCAAAGGGGAAGUGUGUACAGCUCUCCCAGGCUCUGUGAGGCUUCUGCUAUGACAGCAGUUUCUUCGUGGUACCAGGACUGCCCCUUGCUGCCACAGCCACAUCAGGUCCUUCCUCUGCCCUGUCUGUCCUUGGCCCCAAGUCAGCAUGGGUAGCGUCAGUAGCCUCAUCUCUGGCCACAGCUUCCACGGCAAGCACUGCCGGGCUUCGCGGUACAAGUUGGGCAAGUCCUCCCAUCUCAAGAAACUCAAUCGGUAUUCAGAUGGGCUGCUGAGAUUUGGCUUCUCCCAGGACUCGGGCCAUGGCAAGUCCAGCUCCAAAAUGGGAAAGAGUGAAGACUUCUUCUACAUCAAGGUCAGCCAGAAAGCCCGGGGCUCCCACCACCCAGAUUAUACUGCACUGUCUAGUGGGGACAUAGGCGGCCAGGCUGGGGUGGACUUUGGCCCGUCCACCCCGCCCACGCUUAUGCCCUUCUCCAAUCAGCUAGAAAUGGGCUCAGAGAAGGGUGCAGUGAGGCCCACGGCAUUCAAGCCUGUGCUGCCACGGUCAGGAGCCAUCCUCCACUCAUCCCCUGAGAGCGCCAGCCACCAGCUGCACCCUGCCCCUCCAGACAAGCCCAAGGAACAGGAGCCAAAGCCCAGCCUGUGCUCUGGAGCACUGUCUGACUCUGGCCGGAACUCCAUGUCCAGCCUGCCCACACACAGCACCAGCAGCAGCUACCAGUUGGACCCGCUGGUUACACCGGUGGGGCCCACCAGCCGUUUUGGGGGCUCAGCCCACAACAUCACCCAGGGCAUCAUCCUCCAGGACAGCAACAUGAUGAGCCUGAAGGCUCUGUCUUUCUCUGAUGGGGGUAGCAAGCUGGCCCACCCAAGCAAGGCAGACAAGGGUUCCUCAUGUGUCCGUUCCCCCAUCUCCACAGACGAGUGCACCAUCCAGGAGCUUGAGCAGAAGCUGCUGGAGAGAGAAGGUGAGCUCCAGAAGCUGCAGCGCAGCCUUGAGGAGAAGGAGCUGGCGUCCAGUCAGGCCUAUGAAGAGCGGCCGUGGCGCUGCAAGGAGGAGCUGGAGGGCCUGGAGCAGAAGUGCAGCAAGUUGAAGCAAGCCUCACAGAAGAGCCAGCGCACGCAGCAGGUGCUGCACCUCCAGGUGCUCCAGCUCCAGCAGGAAAAGCGGCAGCUCCGGCAGGAACUUGAGAGCCUCAUGAAGGAGCAGGACCUGCUGGAGACCAAGCUCAGGUCCUAUGAGAAGGAGAAGACCAGCUUCGCCCCCGCGCUGGAAGAGACGCAGUGGGAGGUGUGCCAGAAGUCAGGUGAAAUCUCUCUCCUGAAGCAGCAGUUGAAGGAGUCCCAGACAGAGAUCAAUACCAAGGCUAGUGAGAUCCUCAGUCUGAAGGCGCAGCUGAAGGACACCCGGGGCAAACUGGAGGGCAUGGAGCUGAAGACGCAGGAUUUGGAGAGUGCCCUGCGCACCAAGGGCCUAGAGCUGGAAGUCUGCGAGAACGAGCUACAGCGCAAGAAAAACGAGUCUGAGCUUCUCCGAGAGAAGGUGAACCUGCUGGAGCAGGAGCUGCUGGAGCUGCGGGCCCAGGCGGCCCUACAGCGAGAGGCCGUGUCUCUGGGGCCAGGGCUGGGGCCUGGGCCUGGGCCUGCCUUCUCUGAGGACAUCCCCGCCCUGCAGCGGGAGCUGGAGCGGCUGCGUGCAGAGCUGAAGGAGGAGCGGCAAGGCCAUGACCAGAUGUCUUCGGGCUUCCAGCACGAGCGGCUGGUGUGGAAGGAGGAGAAGGAGAAGGUGAUCCAGUACCAGAAGCAGUUACAGCAGAGCUACCUGGCCAUGUACCAGCGGAACCAGCGCCUGGAGAAGGCUCUGCAGCACCUGGCCCGCGAGGACGGUGCAGGGGAGGCCUUUGAAAUUGACCUUGAAGGGGCCGACAUCCCCUAUGAGGACAUCAUAGCCACUGAGAUCUGAGGGGCUCCCUGGGAGGGGGGGGGGUGAGCGAUCUGGCGUUGGGGAGCAGAGGUACCGAGCCUGUCAAGGAGGGCUCCUCUCCCCACUCCCCUGCUCAGUAACUCAGGCCUCUGAGAGGCCUUCUCCGAGGCACAGGCCUGAGACUCUCCAGGGGAGGGGAGAGGAGAAGAAAGACUGCUACAGGAUCUUGCCAGCCCUUGGCCACAUUCUAGCACUUACCAUCCCUGCAGCCCGCCAGGCCUCUGGCCGUCCUAAGAGAUGGGUCCAGGGAUCUCCGUCAUUUGCUGAAGAGAUCUCUAAACCCUGCUCUUUGUUUAAAAAAAAAAAACAAAAUCCCUAGACCCUCUCCCAGGAAUGGUGGUAACUGCUGUACUGGCCGAUGGCCACCCCAGGACAGAAGCUUCCCUUCUGCUUCUUCCCACAACCGCUUUUUUAUUUUUUUGCCCCUGGACACACUGGGAUGCCUUGAGAGUCGAACGAAGCCAUCUAUGAUCAAAAACCUUGGAACCUGACGGGGUCAUAACCUGAGCUAUUUUUCUCUGGCCUCAGAGCUGUAGGGGUUCGGUUCUGGUGGGGAGAACCUGGCUUAGCAGCAUCAGAGCUGUCUCAGCCCUGGAAAGCCACAAGAAAGGAGGGGAAAUCUGGGGCAGCCCAGGCAUGUCUGGGUUCAGCAAAGCCCAGAGGGAGUCAGAGUCAGGUGGUAAUGGCCAGACCCUGAGGGGCCCUGCUAACUGGAGGCAGGCCACCCCUUGGACAGCUGGUAGCCUUUGACCUCAGUGACCACUCUUCUUAAAGCCAUAGACACUGAGGCCCCGGGAGGGGGAAGAUUGAAGGUGCUGUGACACAGGGAGGGGCUUUACAAGUGUCCCCAGGGGAGCCUCCGGAUCUUUCCGCCUAGGGCUAGAGAUAGGGGUUUCUCCACCUGGUUUAAAUGGGCCAGUGGCUACCCUGAACUCUCUUUCUUCUCAAAAAUCCAGCCUUUUCUGGAUCCAGAAUAAUUUAUAUACAACUAAAAUGUUCAGGGAUGAUCUGACAUUUCCCUCCUUUGCCCGUGGCUCAGUUUCAUGGCACACCCUUUCCCCUUGGGGUUGCCAGUACUGAGCUCACACAAGACUCCUUACGGGUCAGGAGUGUGGUGGGCCAGAGCCCCAGGCGAGGACAAGAGACACAGAGCAGCCUUAGGAACCGUCCCAUGGCCCCUGGCUAGCCUCCCUCUGCCUGGGCCCCACAGGAGUCCCCAGCUGUAAAGAAUCCAGAGAGCUUCAGUUUGCAGGGGGCUGGGCCAGUGCUUGGGAGAGGCUGGGGUUUCUCUUCUGAAGAUGUGCGAGCUGGAGGAAGAGAGAAUGGUGGAGUUUCUUAGUUGCUUGGUUCAGAGGGAAAAAAAAAAAAAUUUUUUUUUUUUUUUUUGGUCUUCUUUCUUUUUUUCUUUCUUGUCUUUUCAGAAGCAAGCCAGAUCUAGCAGGCAGCCAGAACUGUUCCAUGUUCUAUUUUUGACUCAAGCUACAGCUGUUGUUCUUUCUUAGGACAGCCAAGCCUUGCUGGAUUCCUGAGCUUCAUGCCUGCUUGCUGAGAGGGGUUCACUGAGGUAGGAGGGAUGAGAGAGUCUGGGUGUUGAGCAGUCUGAGGCCAAACCCCCUGGUUCUGCCUCCCUGACCACAGUCCUUACAGGACCCAGAGCUGGAGUGGGAGCUGCUGCUUGUCACCCUCCACCCCCUGCCACUGCCCUGCUCCCACCCCAUAUUCCUCGAGGGCCACCACAGUCUCUCUCCCUGAGUCGGGGCUAAGGGCAGGGUCAUCUUCCCUGCAGUUGGCUCUGCCUUCUGCUCCCUGGGGUCAAGCUGUGUCCAUGACAGAGGAGUUUUUUUGGAAUUUCAAGCCAUUGGUCUUAGUUAUAGGCUAGAUUUAGACCUGAAAUGGAUAGGCUACAGCCCCCUUCCUGCUUGGAGGGCAGCACCCUCCACUGGGCACAGUGCAGACCCUCAAGUCAAAGACGUCCCAUUCCCUGUGCCACGCUGUUAGAAGGCGGCAGAGGGGAUGGUAAAUGAGCCUUCCACUGGGAAGGCACUUUGAGACCAGAACAAAGCAGGUGACUCCAUACAGUUUACACAGAGUUUUAUUCGGGAUAACUUACUGACAGGGAGAAUCAGGUGGAGGGUGAUCCCAAUGCUACAUGCUCCACAAAAUCUAGACCCUUAGUCUACAGAUAUUAUAAGGCUAGGGGACACUAUAGUGAGAUCAGAGGAUUUGCGUGCACCUCAAAGGGCUUGCUUGCACCUAGUUGACAGCUAACCUUUAAUUAGAUCUGUGGCACCACCUGUGUGUCAGGAAAGGAAAGACUAUGUUCUCUCUAACAGAUUCAUGAGGGGCCAAAACAAGCCUCCCUUAAUCCCAGCCUGCGAAGGCCUUUCUGAGGUAUGCACGUUAACCUCCAAGGGACCCAGAACACAUAGCGCCAGGGGAGGUCAUCGAGUGAACACGAGCAAGAUGGAGAGCCAAAGAUAGAGUCCGCAUUGUCAGCACUCCUACACACAGCCCUCACUCCCUCUAUUUCCACCAGCCUGUGCCUUGUUGGAGUCCUUUCUCCCACUGAGACUGCCAUGAGAUAAAGGGGUUGCUGUUCCCUCCACAGGCUGGAGAUGCCCCACUACUCCCACCCCUAAAGAGCAGCCAAAAGCCCAGUGCCCUGCCCUUAAGACCUUGGGGUGCUAAGCCCAAGGGAAGACACUCAGGGGCAAGGUCUGUGCUCCACCAUGGUGUGACCAUACCAAGCACUCUGACUCCUUGCCUAAGGCCAACCCACGGAUGCCCCCCACCCCGGGAGGGGGCAACUGAAGGCCCCAGGGUGACCCACGGUGGCACCAGAGUGCAACAGGGUCCUGUAACCUAGUGACCUUACCGCCAUGUGACUUUUCUUCCCUUCCCUAUGGAAAAACAUCCUCACUAUUCCUGGACCAUGCCAAACUCAGCCUUUCCGGAAGGAGGCUCUGAACAACAGAGGCUGAGCGGGGACUGGGAAGUCAGAUGUCAGGGGCUUCAGAGCAUAUGGCCUGGCCCAGGGCCAGCCAGCAUGAGCCUGCUGCCCCUCGCUCUGAAUGCUCCUGCUGGCAUGCUUGCUCACUCACUCAGAUGAACCUGCUCUGCUCUUCCAAAGGAUGCCUGGCCUGAAAAUGCUCGGGCUGCCUACGAAGAGAGAGCAGCAUCCAGGACCACCUCACCGAGAAGGGGACUCUGCCUCCUGGCCUUGCAAGGACCAGACUCUCAGGGCUCCCCCUGGGGAUAUGUCUCCUGGCUGCUGUGUCAUUCAGGUUAACUCCUGCUGGGUGCACUCUGGCCUCCAUAGGCACUGAGCUCUAUAGGGCCCGGGGAGGGUUAGCUGCCCCCUGAGAAACACUAGCUGACCCCUCUGUUCCUUGCCCUGCUCUUGUCCCAGCCAAGCCUGGGCCACCUCUUGCUGAUGGAGCAGCAGCUUUGAGAGAGGGCUUUCCCUGUGGGUCCUGAAUUCUCCUGAGCCAGAGCUGCCAUGGCAGGAGGCUGUGCACCCCGUACAGUGGAAGCUUCUUAUGGGGUCGCUCUUGUGCUGAGAGUGCAGGCAAAGCUGGAACCUCCAGCCAAGGCUGGCUUUGGAUAGACUGGCAUUUGGAAGACUAUGUACAUAGUUAUUUUUCUCUGGGUUGUUUCUUGGUUUGGUUUGGUUUGGUUUGAUUUGCUUUUGACAGCUUCAUUUUAUUUUUGAUGCCCCUUUUUGGCCAUGUAAACUAUUUCUGAUAAUUUUAUGUUUCUAUUUAUGAAUAAAGAAUGCCAUUUCUCAUGCCCUCCA